CAAGUUGUAACUUUAUGGGAGUGUGUUUGUCGUUGUAACUUUUGUUUUGCGUUUAUACGUUUUUAGUUUCGCGGUAUCGUUUAAUUGUAUGACUGCACUAAUAAAUUGUUUUACCUAAUUUGUCAUAUUUUUUUGCAACUGUUGACGGAGUGAAUACGUUUAAGUAUCGUUAUGUUCCAAUUAAAAUAAAUUAAAGAUGCACACGUUGUAUUUGCAAGUACUGAUUGUUUUGUACAGUGUUCAAAAUUUUGUUUCAUUUGCGUCUGAACUUUUGGAUGUUGAGGUGGAACAAUACUGUAUUAGACGAUGCUCUUUGCAGAAUCGUACCGACGAAGGACAUUACGAACUAGAUUGCGGCUAUGAAUGUAGUACAAAUAAGUGUGUGGAAGGAUGUAAAGUUUGGAAACAGGCGCUUGACUCUUCUUGUCAAACAGUUUGUAAUGGCACUCUCGAGCCCUUAUCAUCAAAGGAGCUGUACUGUGUGAUGAGUUGUAACGAUGCGUUAACAAGAUACUGUAACCAACUACGAGCAAAAUUGGGAACUCCAAUUGCACCGGCCUUGGUUGCAGACUCUCUAACAUCUACAUCAUUACGACUUGAAUGGAAAUUUCCAGAAGCUAUACAUGCCGGUUUAAAAUAUUUCGUCCAGUGGAGAUAUGAAGAACUCGCAGCGUCAUGGCAAUACUGUCGAAAUCAUUCCUGGGGGCCUAAUGACACUGUUAUGGUUGACAAUUUACAGCCUUAUACGAAAUAUCGAUUUCGAGUGGCACUUCUGCUAUCGCCGCAAACUGAGCCAAUAGUCUCCGCUCCUAGUGUAGUAAUUAGUACCUUACCUGCUGGAGUACCGACAUCGCCACCUAUUAUUGUACGAGCAGUACCAAUCGAUUCAACACAUAUCAGCAUUAGCUGGGAACCUGGUCCUUUUCCACAUGGCCCUCUCCUUUCCUAUGUGCUUCGUAUAAAUGACAGCGACGGAUACUCGGCACUUAAGGAUAUACCCGCCGAAAAUACAUUUUAUACUUAUCGGGAUUUAAUGCCUGCUCGGAACUACACCGUGGCGAUUAGCAUGACUAAUGGGGUUGGUACAGGUCCAGCAGCUGAAAUAUUAGUAUCUACGCCUCAGGAAUCAUUAGUGAAAGAAUUACAACAACCGGUCUUAAUACUUAACUCGCAUCAUUUAGUUAUAGAACAAGGGACUGAUAUGUUAGCUGUUCCUGUUGUCCUUUACAGUACACAAGAGCUCAUUAAAGGAAUUGCUAUCCAUAUAAGUAAGAAAUUGCUAUUUGUGUCUGACUCAUCAGCAAAGGUUUACAAAAUAUCUUUUGCAAAUACGACCAUAAGUUCAACUCCCUCAAGUAUUCUUUCUCAUCCACAUAUUGAUUUUUUGCCUCAGGAAUUGUCAGUCGAUUGGUUAAACAAUCAACUAUAUAUAUUAGGAGAAGUAACACACCAACGACAAGUAUGGCAGAUAACACGUUGUAACUUAGAUGGUCAUGGACAUCAAGUAGCUUUGGCAGGUUUGAGAGUCAAGCCCCAUCAUAUUGAAGUUGACCCAUAUAAUGGAUUUCUGUUUUGGGUUAUUCAAGGAAGCACUGGGGGAGGCCUAUUUAGAUUAGAUCUUGCAGAUAUUAGUAAUGGAAUAAAACAUAACGUACAUCCGGAACAAAUACUUUCUGAACCAAAUUUAGGAGCCUUUACAGUUGACCACACUAAUUUCCGCUUGCUAUGUUCGAACCAAAAUCAAAAUACCAUCAACUCUGUGUCUUUGGAUGGAAAAGAAAUAAUUAAUGUAAGACCAAAGAUUAUAACGCGAAAGUUGCAGAAGGUGUUAUCUUUGGCAACUGCUAAUAAAACUUUCUAUUGGACAGACGGAAACGAUGUGUUUUAUGAGGAAUUCCAUUCGUCAAGAGAAAGUUAUUAUCACAACACAUACCCAGACUUAGCAGAUCGCCCAUAUUUGAAAGUUAUUGUUAAUUUGGAAAGUUCUCAACCGACACCAAUUCCUAUUAAUCCCCCUACAUUGUUACAAGCAAUAUUUGGCCCUAAACUAGUAAAAAUAUCUUGGAAAGCACCGCACCUUUUAGGGGAUCAAGGAAAAGGUGCAUGGCAGAAUUGGUCUUAUGAAAUAUCAAUCAAGGCUGUAAACAAUAAUAACACGAGGAUUCACAAAAAUAUCAAUGUGACGUCGUGUACCAUUUCAAAUUUGGAAGAAGGCGAAGAGUACGUUAUAAAGGCGGCGGCGUAUACAAAUUUGGGGAAAGGUCCGUGGUCUUCCGAGUUUCGCGGGAGGACACUGAAAGUUUCAAAAAAUGGAAAGUACCCGACAAUAUUGUGGUCUGCCGCUAGCGGACUGUUGAGAUCCGAUGCGACUGGUGAAAAUGUACAAACACUUGUUCAGAAAAAUGUUAUGAAUGAUUAUCAUAUUAUCGAUAUAGCGUGGCACAAUGAUUGUAUAUAUGUGGUAACAAAUAAUUCUCAAAUAUUUUGGCACAACUUGAAAACCCACAAAGGAGGCCAAUUGGUUGAUAUCGAGUCUGUUAGUAGUAUCGCAGUGGAUUGGAUAGGGAAAAAAUUAUAUUGGUCAAAUCCCAAACAACAGCUGAUUUUAAGAGGUAAUUUAAAUGGUACACAACAAGAACCUCUUCCCAUUUUGACGUUAGCCAAGGAGUUAAACAUUGAUGCUGUUCAAGCAUAUUUAUAUUGGUCAACAGGACAUGCAGUCGAAUGCUCACGUUUAAAUGGAGCCGAUAGGAUUGUUUAUCAUCCUGCUCAACAUUUUUCUGGAAAGCAAGUAAUGGGUUUAACGUUAGACAUGCAUCGAAAUAUGGUAUAUUGGAUUAUAAGAGGAUCCGAAGGUUCAAACUUAUUUAGAGCUCCCAUGGCCGGCGCAUUUCUGCCGGGCACAAAACCUGUUCCCGAAUCUGUGUCUGGUUUACAAAAACCAGAUAUGCAAGGCCCGCUUUGUUACUUCAACGAUCGCCUACUGUGGUUAAAAGAUGAUAAAAAUGCGGUUAUUAGCGACUUGAUGGGAAAAAAUGUUGCCAACAUUCAAGGCAAGGAUCUCUCUGGUCUCACUAUGAUUUUUGUAAUGGAUUCGAAUGUUCAUACAUGGCCAAAUAUUUCCAGCAAAAUCGGUGAUGAUGUUUCGGUUAUACCUGAGCCAAUAAAUCGCAAUUCGAUCAAAGUGGUUGGGUUCUGGGAUUCGUUUAAUAUAACAUGGGAACCGUCUCAGAAAGUAAACUUUGGAACUGUGUUCUACGAAAUAAAAGUUGAUAAUUUCCUGAAAAAUAGUUCAACUAAAGUGACGACAUUUCCAUCAAUACAGUAUUGGCAAUCAUUAGAGCCAUAUACAAAACUACAGAUAACAAUCAAAGCUUACACAUAUUGGGGAUCAUCUGCAAUUGUCAGGGCUAAAAUUUACUCACCUCCCUCUACACCUUCUGCGCCUGAAAAUCUGCGUACGUACUUGUCCCAUCAGUACCAUCAUAAUGACACAAAAACUGUGGAUAUUACAAUUAGAUGGGAUGCUCCGUUACUUUCGAAUGGCGUGAUUCAGGGCUACAAAGUAAAGUGUUGGUAUACAGAAAACCUCACCAAUAUUAACCUUUGUGAAUACAUAGAGAAAAAAUUCAACGAGAAAGAACAUAUUUUGAAGAAUUUACAGAUGGACAAAAUUUAUUAUGUACAGGUUCAAGCGUAUACAGAAAUAGGUGAUGGUUCACCUUCCAAAGUUGUACAAGUAAAUACAACCGAGGGUCUACCUUUGCCAAAACUACUAGUUGCUACAAGUGAUUCAAUAUUUAUCCAUGACAUGGAUAAGAACAAAAACGACCAGUUACUGCAUGGAAUUAGCACUCCACUUGAAUUAGCCUACAUCAUCAAAGAGAAUAAAGUGUUUUGGAUAAAUGAUAUGCACGAACUGCUUGUUUUUAGUUUGACAAACCUUAAUAGAACGAAAAUUUGCGAUUUAAAUGGGGAGGUGUAUGGUUUGACAAUCGAUUGGGUAGAGAGAAGUUUGUAUUACAUACAAAUAUUGAGCCUAGAAACAUAUUCUGUCAAUAAAUUGGAUUUAAAUUAUAUUGACAAAGGAAGUGCUGUGAAGAUUAACGAAGUGUUCAGAAGACCCUAUGCCAUUUCAAAAGUUGAAGUAUCUCCGUUUAGCAAGAAAAUCUAUUGGGUAGAGGUGGACGACGAUCAAAGUCAUCUAAUGCAGUGUAAUACAAAUGGAACUGAAAUUAAACCAUUUUUGUCGCCACAUGGUUACAUUAAACGAGAUGUAGAAGUGGAUUAUCCAUUAUGUAAUUGUCCUUUAAAUCCAGUUGUCGAAAAAACGUUUGCCAUUGAUCAUUCAAAUUUGAAAAUCAACCCACAAGUGGUGUUUGCCGACUCUGACACAUAUGAUAUUAUCUCUGCAGACAAGUAUGGGUGUAAUUGUCAAGUUAUAGCGCAUAAAAGUUUGCUCAAGGACAGUUUUCCUUUAAACACCCUUAGAUCCGAUUUUGGAACAUUGUACUGGACAAAUUCAACCCAAGGGUUAGUGUAUUCUCUGAGGAAAAAUGACACUGCAAUUACUAACAGGGAACAUAUGAAUGUACAAAACAUUUUAAUAUUUGGCACCCACAUGCAACCUUACCCUCCACGUAAAUGUCUAACUAUACAACCUGGCAACAAUGUUUCGGUUCAAUUACUAAAAAAAACUUCAACAUCUUUGACAUUAGCAUUACCCGAAAUUAAGCUUGAUCCCGAUUGCCAAACAGUAUCUAUUCCAACAAUUGAAUAUAAAAUAUUUUACAAACCAUAUAAUGAGGGUACUUCUGAAAGCUGCGAUAAUUCUGAAAGGUGCAAUCAAAUAACCACCUUCACAAAAGCAAUAACAAUAUCAAACCUCAAAUCAUUUACGAAAUAUGUAUUCAUAGUUCGAGUAGGGAAUUACUUCACACAUUCUGCGAAUGUAUAUAUGGGACCGCCAGUCAUACUUCAAACAUCAGUUGGAGCUCCAUCAAAGCCGGAAAACGUCACAGCCACGAUUUUGAACCCUACACUUAUUGAAGUAAGCUGGGCGCCUCCACGAGAAAUGAACUCAGAGUCAGUUUCAUAUGAAAUCCAUUGGCAAACUGCUGGAGACAUUAAUGGCAUUAGACAAAAAGGGGAACAAAUUGUCUCCAAUCCAACACGUAAAAAUAUAAGCAAUUUCUCGGCUCAAUUGUACAAAUUAUCCCCCAAUGAAACAUACUUGGUUUGGAUACGGGCAUACAGUCAAUCUGAAGAUAAGAUCACUCACCAAAGUAAUAUCGAAUUAGUGUCAAGUGAUAGUGAGAGUAUCAAAAUUACCACCUAUGCAGAACCAGAAAAUAUUACAUUAAUGAAUAGUACUGCGGAUGAACUUUCUAUACAAAUGAAAAUAUAUUCCUAUGCCAAACAUUAUGUGUUACAGUAUGCGUAUUAUAUGUCCAGUGAUUGGAUUAACAUUGAAAAUGAUACUACUUGUAUAGUGAACGACACAAUUACAAUGAGAAUUACAAAUUUACAUCCAAAAACACAAUAUAAGUUCAGGAUGGUUAUUAGGUACCCGAACUAUUCCCAACCUUACAUUUGGCCAACAGAUUCUCGUUUUACAUUCGAAACAUUGGGCGAUCGUCCUUCACCGCCAGGUGUUCCGAUUAUUCAACAUAUAAAGGCUGACGUAUAUCAAGUUUGGUGGGAGCCUUCAAAAGAGAAUGGAGCCGCUAUCGAGAUGUAUUUACUAGAAGGUUUGAGGAUACCAAACUAUCGUAACAAACGUAGCGCCAACAGACCAGCUUGGUUCCAUAACGCACCCUCUGUUGAUGAGCAUGAAGAUAACUGGAUUCCUUUGUAUAAUGGGACAGAUACAUUUUGGAUCAUCACUGGAUUAAAAGAUGAUUAUCGAUACGCCUUUCGUGCCUCCGCGUUGAACACAUAUGGUUGGAGUAACACAAGUGAAGAGAGUUCAGAAUUCGAUUUAAAUGUAGCUGCACAAUUAGCAGAGAAACAGGACCCAGUGAGUUUAUUUAUCAUAGCCGGUAUUCCAGUUGCUAUUUGUGUUGUGCUCGUCAUUUGCGUUUUUUGUUGCUGUAGACUGUGUUGCUCAAAGAGCAAAGAAAAACAAAUGAUUGCAAUACCAAGAGGGCCCGAUGCUGAGUUGGCUACGUUGAGAGAACUACCAAGGCGAUGGGUGCAUAAUACAAACAUUCUAUAUACUGCAAAUCAGUUGAAUCCUGAUGAAAUCACAAUGCUGCCGCACAUACGAAGGGACCAAAUAAAAUUAAUGAAGUUUCUUGGAAGUGGUGCCUUUGGAGAGGUGUUUGAAGGUAAAGCUAGGAAUGUAAACAGCGAUGAAUCCGAAGUAAAUGUUGCUAUUAAGACACUGCGUAAGGGAGCUUCAGAUACGGAAAAAUGUGAAUUUUUACAAGAAGCACAGCUCAUGUCGCAUUUUAAACAUGAACAUAUCCUACAGUUACUGGGCGUAUGUUUGGACAACGAUCCCCAAUUCAUUAUCAUGGAACUAAUGCAAGGAGGCGACUUGUUAACGUAUUUGAGGUCCUCACGUAAUCCAUUGACAAAUACACCAUCUCUCACAUUGAAGGAAUUGCUAAAGAUGUGUGUUGAUGUAGCUAAAGGUUGUCGAUAUCUGGAAGAAAUGCAUUUUGUGCACAGAGAUUUGGCGUGUAGAAAUUGUUUGGUGUCUUCAACGGAUCCCAGUCAGCGCAUCGUGAAAAUUGGCGAUUUUGGCUUAACUCGAGAUAUUUACAAAAAUGAUUAUUACCGAAAAGAAGGCGAGGGACUACUUCCGGUUCGGUGGAUGGCCCCUGAAUCGUUGGUGGACGGCGUCUUUACGUGCCAGUCGGACGUAUGGGCUUUUGGAGUAUUAUUGUGGGAAAUUAUGACUUUAGGACAACAGCCAUAUCCAGCCAGGACCAAUUUAGAGGUGCUACACUAUGUGAAAGGCGGAGGAAGACUGGGAAAGCCAGUGGAUUGCCCUGACAAAUUACAUGAACUAAUGCUCAAGUGUUGGAGUUACGAACCCGAGAGGCGACCUACAUUUAAAUAUUGUUUAUCAAUGCUUGAUGAUCUGCACGUGAAAAUGGCAAAUGACACAACAAGUGCUCAUGACGGUCAAUACAUAAGCACAGUUCUUCAAUUGUCUGACGGAGUAUUUAAUCAAGCGUAUUUUCAAGACGAAAUCCUUAUAAAACCAGCGCCAUGGAAAGGUGUAAGUGACGAUGAUGCAGAUAAAGAGAAAACCCCGUUUCUGAAAGAAAAUGAUGGUAAAAUUCCUGUAUAUUUGGAACUUAUAUAUGAUGGAAAUUGCCCUGAUGAUAACGACGGCUAUGAAAUUCCUAGGUCCAGCAUGCGAAGUAGCAAAAGUGAAGUUUCCAAAAAAGACCAACAGUGUGAUUUAAACAAGAACGAAGAUGAGUAUAAAAAUAAUAUAGCAGACAGUAAUGGAACAGAAAGAAAAGUUAAUGAUAAGGUUAAUAGCAAUGACAACAAAACGCAUUAUAUCAACCCUGAAAAUGAAACAGAAAUGAAAUAGAUGAUUUAGAUGUAAAAAGGAAUGAGGAGGAUCAGUGCUUUUAUAGCUAUACUAUUUGUACCUGAGUUACGUGAAUGUGAUGACCUAUUUAAACCAGUGAAGAAGCAAAUGAAUAUGCCGCAGAGGAUGUGUCAGAAUAUAAACAAAAGUUUAUAUGUCGAAGCUACAUACUGUGUAUGCCAGUUAUGAGUAUUAGGCUGUCCAAAGUUUCCAUAGUCUUUAUUGUUAAAUAUUUUUAAGAAUGUAAAUAAAGUUAAUUUAAGAAA